GACGUAAACACCAUCACAGCAAACUGAAGAGGCCCGUUUUAAUUUUCUUGAAAGCAUCGCGUGAGUAAGAAUCGGAUUGAUUAUUUUGAAUAUCACUGCAAAACUGUCAUAUUCUGUGCAGAGUCUCGACAUCUCUGCGUUGCGUGUUUUUUGACAUCGUGGCGACCCAGUCUGGACGCGGUGCAUCCCGAGACUCAUGAACCAGAUUUGGCUUUCUCGCCUUAUCCUCAAUUUCUCACGCUUGGAGACGGGCUGGAGAUUCCUCCCACGCAGAGCUUCUCUUUCUUUUGGGAAGUUGGGGGCCCGGCGAGGGUCGUGCGGGCAGAGAACUACAAUUCCCAGGAAGCCUUGCGGCCCCCGAGCCCAUGCCCAUGUCCUGGCAUGCCACCGUGUUUUCUGGGGAAAGGCGAUUUCCGGGGGGUGGCGGGUAGGGGGAGCGAGAUUCCAAAGGGAGACACCCCUUUCCUUCUCCUAGGGACGCCCUUUGUACGAAUCCUGAAGACGGGAUCACCCAUCCAUGGUCCUGCCCGGGGCAAAAGUUUGCCUUUUCCUUUGUUUAAUUCAGCCUUCCCUGCCCGGCGUCCCAGCGCUUUUCCUGCCGGUCAUCACAAGCCUUUUUGCAAAACGCCCAGCCCAGGAGGGAGGAUUGCACCGAGCUCGGUAAAGGCUAAGAAUAUCAUCCAAAGAAGUUCAUGAGGAUUAGAAUAUCAAUUACAUUGAUUACAACAAUGCUUCUUCUCUUGUAGUGGAAGAAUGAACAUGUCAAUAAAAAAUCCAAGCUGAAGUCGAAAGAAAAGAUUCAUUUGAACAAACUUACCCAAGCUUUGUUUCAUUUCUCAAAGAGAGAGAGAGAGUGAUAGAGAAAGAAAGAGAGAGAGAAAGAGGGAAAGAAGGAAGGUAGGAAAAAAAGGAAGGAAGGAAAGGAAGAGGAAAGAAAAGAAAAUUAAAUUAAGAAUUGCAUGUCAAGUGACAAAUAUAAUAAGGUUUUUGCCAUUGAGAGAUAAUCUGCAAACCUAACAAAAUAUCUUCCAGAGGAAAAAUUGUUCCCCCACGCAGCACAUAUGCCAGCAUGUCUGUUCAAAGAAUUGUCUGUCUUGAAAAGUGAGCCAUUAAGUCUUCUUUUACUCUGAGUUCAAGGUCAAUUUCAAAAAUUCACAAAAGGCUGGCCUGCGCAUUCUUCAAACACGAUGAAAAAAGAUAUUGAGGAAAUGUUAAUCCGGCUUGCUCAGGGGGAAAAAAUAAGUCAGUGACCUGGCUUCCUCGUUACACUUUUCUUCCCAGGAAGUUCAUUUGUAUGCAUGGCCCUGGCGAGAAAAGGGUACCACCAGGUGAUGGAACCAACCGGUUAAUUCGGUUCCAAACAACACACACAGCAAACAGGAGUUUUCCUAGGAAAUGCCCAAAACUCAGGUGCAGAUGGCAUCAGAAGAGAGAGACGCUUGGGAAGCUGCAGGAAAUCCAAAGAUGGUUAAAAAUUCCUGGGGGAUUCCGAAUAAAAAGGAAAUAGAGGUGAGUCCAGAAUGGAAUCUUUCUAUGGAAGAAGACCUGGCUCUACAUCUGGAAAGUCUGAGUGGGAAAAAAUCCCUGGAUACAGCCGAGCAAAAACCCUCACCAAAGAGAUAUGCCGAUUUUCCUCUGGAAUUUCAACCAGAGGAGGAAGCAGAAAAUAUUGAAAUACACGCCAGUUGCUUAGCGGGCGCAUCCCAAAUCAGCAUCAAAGAGGAAGACUUAGAGCACCCCGAAUAUGAGUGGGCGCUGUGCCAAAACCCUGUCCCGUUUCUGUCUCAAAGGAUCAAAAAGGAAGCCAGCGCAAACCCUCCCCUGGAUUCGGAGUUUGGGGAAAAUGCUGACCCACCCUCAAUUUUCCUCCAAAGGUGCCCUACCUCCGUGUUCGUAAAACAGGACGGGGGCUUUGCCAAAUCCCAGAAAAAUAACCCCAUUGUCCUGGAAGAGCCGAAAGCGGAGAAAACUUUCCCCUGCCCUGUUUGCAGCAAGGAAUUCAACCAGAAGUCCAACCUCACCCGGCACCAUAAAAUCCACACUAUGGAAGGGUCAUAUAAGUGUGCCAAGUGCGGGGAAAGCUUUCGCAUGAACCGGCAACUCCUCCGACACCAACGGAUGCAUUUGAGCGACCCGUUCAAAUGCACCGAGUGUGGGAAGAGCUUCAGCCGGAGGUCCAAUUUGAUCCGGCAUCAAAGAAUACACACGCGGGAAGCGCCGUACCAGUGUCCCGAGUGUGAGAAAACGUUCAACCAGAAGACCAAUCUUUUCCGACACCGGAUGAUCCACCUCCAGAUGGGACCUUGCAACUGUACCAAAUGCGGGAAGCUUUUCACGCAAAGAAAAUACCUGGUCAAGCACCAAAAGUUACACCUGAGCGAAGGAGACCAGAAAUGUUUCAUUUGCGGGAAGCAAUUCCGGUUGAAGAAAUACCUCCGGCGACAUCAGAAAAUCCACAGUCGUGAGACCCCGAAUAUUCACGAAACUCAGAUGGAGUAACGAAAGUUUGGCAAGAAGAACUGGAGCUACAGCCCCGUGGAAAACUCAGCAUGGCAGGAAGGGCCGUCCUCGCUUAGAGGCUUUCUCUUUUAGUGACCCUUCGUAGUUAACGACGGGGGGAAAAUAACUUUGUUUGAGACCAGUCUUCCCAUUCAUGACCUUUAUACAGGUUUGUAAAUCGAAGGAAAGCGGAAAGGAAGAUUGUAAGCACAGUUGUGAUUUUAUGUAGCAGUUUUGCUUCAGUUAGCGACCGACAAUUAUGGUCGCUAAAUGAGGACUUAAAUGAGGACUGCCCGUAAACAUACCUGGAGAUGCACAUUUGGAAAACAAAUAUAUCAUAGGAUCCUGCUUUUUGCAAUCUUCGGGGGCUUAAAGCAGCGUGUUUCGCCAUGUGUGUAUGUGUGCUAAUUCAUAGGAUUAAUUUUGUGUGUGUCCUCCAGGUACACAGAAGGUAGCGCUAGGAGGAAUAGAACCAGUGUCGUUGUGAAUUUCUGCCCUUGGUUGAGGGGGAUACAGGGGGCAACAAGUUUCUAGUUGCCAAGAUACUUUCAAAAGAAAUGGAGUUAGAAAUUAGUUCCUAACUAAUUUCAUUUCUGUUGUUUUAAACAUCUUGACGGCUUCAUUCUGCCAAGCAGUUUAACCUUCUCCACCUAACAAAAACUGUGCAAAAAAAUAAGAGAGUUUAUAUAAAUUUGCUGGAUUUGUGUAAGAUGCACAAAAGGCAGCUUCAGGAAUGUUUUGGGUGGAAAGACACACACGCAUAUAUAAUUUCCGUUAAGAGCCUCAGCCCAGGUAAGGCGGUUCCUACUUCCUGUCAUCUCUAAUCAACAUGUCAGGUCUUGUGGGGUAAACCAGGUAGGAUGAUCUAAUUCUACUUUAUCGUAAAGUUGCAUUAACAGAAUCUUGUGAGUAUAAAAGUGCAAAUCUCCUCCUGUCUUUUUUUUUUUUUUUUUUGGGCGGAGGGGUCCCUUCUGGGCCUCUUUCUCUUCUGUGCAUUAUGCAGCUGUGUGAUCUCUUUAUCUGGCCAUUUCCUUGGCAGUAUUUCUUUGCCCAGUCCCCUACAUGCCCACCAUGUAUCAUGGCUAAUGGUCAAAGAUGAGGGGAUUUUAAAACAUCUGGUCCUCGGGAUAGUUCUGCAAGAGCCUGGAUAAAACUUGAUUUCAGUUCUGUUUCCUGAAAUAUGCAACUCCCGUUUGUAAUUACAGUUCCUUUAGGGACCGUUCAAAAUUACAACGGCGUUGAAAAAGUGACAGUUUUUUCACCCUUACGGCAUCCCCAUGGUCACGUGAUCAAAAUUCAGAUGCCUGACUCAUAUUUAUGACGGUUGCAAGUGUCCCUGGGGUCACGUGAUCCCCCUUCUCUGACCUUUCUGACAAGCAAAACCAAUGGGGAAGCCGGAUUCACUUAACAAUGUGACUAACGGAACAGCCGGAGUGGCUCAUUUCACAACUGUGGCACGGAAGGUCGUAAAAUGGGGCAAAACAAAUGUCUUACUCAGCAACAGAAACUCAGCAACUCCGAUCGUGGUCGUAAGUCGAGGGCUACCCGUAUCAAAAUGAAGCGGGAAGUAGUGACUAGACGUUUAGAGCUAGGAUGCACCAAAAAUGAGGUCAGGAUCUAUCCUCUCUCAAAAGUUCUCUCCAGCCCUGUCAAUCUAAGAGGAAAUCAGUGGUCAGUGUAGGUCAGUGAUGUCAAAUUCAAGGCCCCGGGGGUUGGAUCGGGCCUGUGGGAUGCUGAAAUUGGGCCAGUGGGGCCACCUUGAAAACAACAAAGGACCGGCCCGCAGUGCCUCUGCCAGUGAAAACGGCGCUUGGGAGGGCUGCGUGCGGCCUGUUUUUCUUGGCAGAGAUCUCAAGCUACCACAGGCACCCCUGACCCAAGCUGGCCAUGCCCCCCAUGGCCCCUCAAGAUCAAACAGAACCCUGAUGCGGCCAGAGGUGGGAUUCUACCAGUUCGCGUGAACCAGUUCGCUCCGACGAUCAGCUGGGAGUGAACCGGUUCGCUCCAACAAUCAGGUUCGGCCCACCCACCCGCUUUACUCACCUUUAUCUUCUCUGCUGAUUGGUGCAGCAGACCGGAUUGCCGUGCCUCACGUGGUAACUCAAGUGGUUACUUCCAAGUGGUAACACAGAAGGUUUAGUAUUUGUAAAACUGCGCACGCACAUGCUGCGCGCGGUCACCGAACCGGUUGUUAAACCAGCCGCAUCCCACCACUGGAUGCGGCCCUUAAUGAAAUCAAGUUUGAUGCCCCUGGUGUAGGUUAAUAAGGACUGUUCAAGCAUAGUGUGAACACUAACGAAGAAACAACCUUGGGAAAUUGUUCUACCUUUGGUGAACAGAUAAUAGUUAUCCAAAAAAAAAAUGUUUUAUGGACAUCUUAAAGCAGUGGUUCUCAAACUUUAUAGUGGUGCGACCCCUUUAAUACAAUUCCCCACGAUGUGGCGACCCCAACCGUAAAAUUAUUUUUGUUCAUAGGCCUGAUUGAUUUCAUCGUGGUGAUAGGCAGCGAUCUUAGCGCGCCUAAGCAGCCGCAGAAGGGGAGGGAAAGCAGCAAACUGUUUUUUUUUAUUUAUCGCGCCUGAAGCCGUAUUGGCUAGCGAUCUGAACUGUUUGCGAUUGCCUUGAGGACGGAGGCAUUAAAGCGGAGACUCCUCCCCUAUUAAGUUUAUCGCGCCUGAAGCCAGAUUAGGCUAGCGAUUGGGAGUGAUUGCAGCUGGCUUGAGAGGGAGACAUCAGAGCAAAGAUUUCUCUCUUUUUUAAUUCAUCGCGCCUGAAGCCGAAUUCGGCUAGCGACUUGAAGAGCCUGCAGCUGGCUUGUGGAGUCAACCAUUGGAGCGCGAUUCUUUGACUCGCAAGUAUACUUCCCAUAUUUCCGAUGGUCUUAGGCGACCCCUGGCAAACCGUCAUUCGACCCCCAACGGGGUCCCGACCCACAGGUUGAGAACCGCUGUCUUAAAGCAUGCUCUCGAAGAUAUAAUAUAGACAGGUCCUCAACUUAUAACCAUUUGCUUAGCGACGGUUCGAAUUUAUGACCUACCCAGAACCAGGAUUCAGUUCUGAAGUUCUCAUGAUUUCCCCUUUCCUGUGGUCGUGUGAUCUCACUUCAGGUGCUUUGCAGCACAGCCACAUGAAUGGACUUUACCUGUGUCCCACAGACACGUGGACGUCUUCUGCAGCGGCUAUGCCAAACCUGGAAGUUGCUUCCAGUGUUCGGCAACACGGUGCCCACAGCAAACCGUGGUUUUACUAGGGGUCCCCAACUCGUAGUCGGUAGACUGGCAUGGGUCCGCGCCGCGGCAUGUCAGAAACCGGGCUGUGAAAACAAGCGAAGCCCCGUCCAUGGGAGUCCUCGAGUUACGAUCACAAUUUAGCCUGGGAUUUCUGUUGGUAAGCACGACAAUUGUUAAGCGCGUUGAUCCCCAUUUUACAACCCUAAGCAAAUCACCUCAGUUGGUAAAUGAAACGUGGUCGUUAUAAGCGAAUCUGGCUCCCUCGUUAACUUUGUCAGAAGCCAGCUUGGAAGGUCACGAAAGGUCAAGAUCACGUGACCCCAGGACACCGCAACCGUCAUAAAUACGAGUCAGUUGCCAAGGGUCCGAAUUUUGAUCACGUGGCCAUGGAAGGCUGCAACGACUGUAAGUGUGAGAAAUAGUCACAUGCAUCAGUUUUUUCAGUGCUGGUUUUAACUUUGAACGGUCACUAAAUGAACUGAUGCAAGUUGAGGACUAUCUGUCCGCACAUCCACAAGGUGAGGGGACGUAUUAGGAAGUCUCAAAUGUACCCCUGUUUCUUUCAAAAGAAAAAUUUAUAUUUGUAUGAAAAGCCUAGAAAAUGUAGAGACCUUUAUGCCAAAACUUUUACAUCCUCAUUUUAAGCACAACAGAAAAAAACAGGGUGAAAAUGUUCUCUACUUAGGAUUCUGUGACUUGAUACACCCACCCAUGUAGCUUUCCUGGCACGUUUUUCCUGUUUAGCGUACAAGUUUGGGAUUUGCUGGGGUUGCUGUCCAAAUAUUGGGCGGAGCAUGAGUUGAACAAUUCAAUAAAUAAACUGUAUUAUCA